AUGACGAAUCUCCCGAGCUUUCUCCCGGGUACCCACCCUGCACGCCGAGAGGCAGGCCGAAGACGAGUUGCCCGCCCUUCUCUCACGGCAGUGACUCACGUGUCCCUUUCCCAGUCCCACAGCGGGCACCCACGGACGGCUCCCCUACCGUUUGCCACCUGGGCAAAACAGGCCUGGGCAGCGGGAGGGAAGGCUUCUGCUGGGUCAGAGUGUGACUCAGGGCUCUCCCACUGCUCACAAAAUGGAGACCUGGCACCUGUAGCCUGCGACAGCGAUGCGCCUGACACUACUUGGGUAUGGGGAGCACGGAGAGCAGGCACCACCGCCGCUCCGGGGCAGCGCGGCCGCCGCGGACCCCCGCGAAGAGGAGGGGGCGAGGCUGCGUCAGCAGGACCCGAGCCGCCGGUGCAGUCAGCUCGCCCACGCAGCCCUGAGCAGCCUGACACCCAGGCGCGAACUCUCGCCCAUUCCCGGGCAACUUCGGUCCCUCCUACCGCGAGCCCUCCCCGGGCGCGACCCCGCGGAGGGCGGCGUGUCGGCGCUCCCCGCCCGCGCGCCGUCCCGCCCGCCAGCCGGUCCCUCUCGAGAGCACGCGGAGCUCUCCCUCGAGUAACGCGGUCUGUACCUCCGAGGGAGGGAGACGCGCGAGGCGGAAAGCGAGCGGGCAGGCGGGGACAGCCGCUCGCGCCCGCACUCGGGGCGCCGGAGCCGGGGAGUGUGCGGUCCCGGGGAGGGC